AUGCCCCACACUCAAAUCGAACCCAUAAACAACGCCCCGCACGGAGGUGUAUUGAAGGACCUCGUCGUCCGUGAUGAGCCUAUGAGAGAGAAGCUUCUUCUUGAGGCCGAGAGACUUCAGGAGAUCAUUCUAACCGACCGCCAAAUAUGCGAUCUGGAGCUCAUUCUCAAUGGAGGCUUCAGCCCACUCGAAGGAUUCAUGAACCAGGCCGACUACACCAGCGUCGUAGAAACCAUGCGUCUUGCCGAUGGGACGCUUUUCCCCAUACCCAUCACCCUUGACGUUUCAGCUGGCGAUGUGAAGACCCUCGGCAUCGCACCCAACGCUCGCAUCGCCCUCCGCGAUCCCCGGGAUGACACGUUACUCGCUGUUCUUACUGUGCAAGAUGUGUACACGUACAACAAGAAAAACGAGGCCGUCAAGGUCUUCGGCGCCGAUGACAUUGCCCAUCCGGCUGUCAAGUACUUGUACGAUCGAUGCAAGGAGUACUAUGUUGGAGGCAAGCUGCAGGCAAUCAAGCUUCCCACCUACUUUGACUAUGUCGCACUUCGAUAUACACCUACUGAGCUGCGCGCUCAUUUCAACAAGCUUGCAUGGCGUAAGGUUGUCGCUUUCCAGACGCGCAACCCCAUGCACCGUGCUCAUCGUGAACUGACCGUGCGCGCCGCUCGCCUCCGUCAGGCGAACGUUCUCAUCCAUCCCGUUGUGGGCAUGACCAAGCCAGGGGAUGUAGACCACUACACUCGCGUACGGGUGUACCAGUCUAUCCUCCCUCGUUACCCGAACGGGAUGGCACAUCUCGCCCUCCUCCCGCUCGCUAUGCGCAUGGCUGGGCCUCGUGAAGCUGUGUGGCACGCUAUAAUCCGCAAGAACUUCGGUGCGACGCACUUCAUCGUAGGACGUGAUCAUGCUGGUCCGGGAAAGAAUAGCCAGGGCAAGGACUUCUAUGGGCCGUACGACGCACAGGAGCUCGUGACUAAGUUCCAAGAGGAACUUCACAUCGAGAUGGUUCCUUUCCAACAAAUGACCUAUGUUCCCUCGUUGGACGAGUAUCAGCCUGUGGAUGAAGUCGUACCGGGUACGCAGACGCUCGAUAUAUCUGGUACUGAACUUCGCAAGCGCCUGCGCACGAGUGCUCCCAUCCCCGACUGGUUCUCGUACGAUCCCGUGGUCAAAGUUCUUCGCAAAAGCUAUCCACCCCGGGACAAGCAGGGUUUCGUGCUCUUCCUCACUGGGCUGUAUAACUCUGGCAAGGAUACGAUUGCUCGCGCCCUGCAGACCGUGCUCAACCAACAGGGCGGACGCAGUGUCUCCCUCCUGCUGGGCGAGACUGUUCGUUCGGAGCUGUCGUCCGACCUCGGAUUUUCACGUGAUGACAGGCAUACGAACAUUCAGCGCAUUGCAUUCGUCUCCGCUGAGCUGACCCGUGCGGGUGCAGCCGUCAUUGCUGCACCCAUCGCGCCGUAUGCGGACUCGCGCAAGGCGGCGAAGGAAACGAUCAUGAGCACGGGGGGAUCGGGUGCCAACUUCUUCCUCAUCUACGUCGCUACUCCCCUCGAGCAUUGUGAAAAGCACGACAAGAGAGGCAACUACGCCAAGGCGAGAAGGGGAGAGAUCAAGGGCUUCACCGGAAUUGAUGAUCCUUAUGAAGCUCCCACGGAUGCUGACCUUGUGGUGGACAUCUCUAAACAGACGGUCCCGGAAAUUGUCCACAACAUUGUCCUCCUUUUGGAGUCAAGCAACCUUAUCUAGACAAUCUAGAGUCACGCGGAACAGAUCGUGAAUCCUGGUCUUGGUCAUUAUAGAAUACAAUGUAUUUAUACCGAGUUACACAAAUG